AUGCAGCCUACCGGGUCUAUCCUCGAGAUAGGGUACAAGGAGGUAGUGGCCGACCUUGCUACAAACGCCAAUUCAAUCGUAGCCUUUGUCCAUCUUUUCUAUCAUCAGGGUAAGAGAGAUGCAAGCAAGAAGUUAAUCGCCAAAUGCGUAUCGCCAGACGACCUGCAAAUCGUCAGUUUCCACCCAGGAUUGAUCUUUACAGGGGCGGCGGAGAAGGCCGGGUACACGCGCACCACGCUCAACUGGGAUGAUGAGGACCUUCCUGGCCACUAUGCCGUGUGGGCCGCAUCGGAUGAGGCGAAAUUCCUGCAUGGACGCUUCACCUGGGCAACAUGGGAUGUUGAUGAGAUCUCUUCGGGCAAGAUUAGAGAGCGUAUUGAUGGGGACGCCAACUAUCUCAAGGUGGGCGUCGUCGGUCUCUAA